AUGGAUACUGUUCUCAAAUUAAUGACGGGAAUUAUAUUGGUGUGUUUCCCCAAAUAUGGACUGUUUGCCUCUUCGACAACGGACAAACAUGACAUGGCCACAUUGCUUCAGACCCAAUACAACCGUCACCUACUAACGAACGUCCCACGGCCCUACGAAAUCAUCUUUCCAAAACGUAUCGUACGACGAAACAAAGCCAUCGGAAUAUCCACCAAGGAGCACCAAAUCAAGCACCAUGGAACCUUUGAACACUACAAACAUGUGACGUACGAGCUAAUGAUCCAAAGCAAAUUACAGAAGAUACGACUGGAGAGAAACGAAGUGCUGCUAUCAUCUGGUAUCCAGGUACGACAUAACAUAGAAGAAAACCAACAAAUUGUCUCACAGACCGUUGAGCAUUGUUUUUACCAUGGCUAUGUGCGUAAGGAUCAGUGGUCAAGUGUAGCGGUCAGUACUUGCCACGGAAUCAGGGGUGUGAUUAAUCUGAACAAUGAGACCUACGUGAUUCAGCCACUUCUAGGAGGAGAUGAGGGGACCGAACACCCCCAUUUGGUUUUUAAGGCGACACCGUCAGAGUCAGAAAAAUGUGGAAAUGAUCAUGGUCAAUGGCUACCCUUCCAGGAACUCCACAAAGGAGAGUUUAUCAAAAGGGUCAAACAUCUCAAGGCAAAACAGCAAUCAAGCCAGCAAAGUGACCCACAAGACCCUGCUAGUAUUGUGACAGAUAAGAUGAUGAAGUUAGCUCUCCUUGUAGAUCAUGCCACAUGCAACCAGCUAAACUUCAGUUUCAGCGAGAUGGUCACUUAUACUAUACAGAUAGCCAAUAUUGUCGAUUUGUAUUACAAGGAAAUAGGGAUGAGGACACCGAUUGUUUAUCUUGAACAUUGGAACCAGGGAGACAAAAUAGAUAUUACACCUAGUCUCCGGAAAAACCUGGAUCAGAUCCUGCUAUACAAGGGGAGAGAACUCUCACAGAUAGAACAUGAUGCAGCACACCUUCUAGUUGGCGAGGAUUUAGAGGACAACUCUAUAGGUAUGGCCAUUCCGGACUCUGUGUGUACAAAACGGGCCGUCGGCAUCAAUAAGAUGAAGAAUGUGUUCCAGCCUCAGCAAGUCGCGACUAUCCUGUCACACAUGAUAGGUCACACACUUGGGAUUAAACACGAUGAAGACGGAGGGUGUGACUGUGAGGAUGACUUUGGUUGUAUCAUGUCUACAUCUGUUCUGUCUAAGACGAGUAUCCACUCACGCCAGUUCUCAUCCUGCAGUUUGUCUGACCUUGAUGUCGCCCUGAAUAUGGAUAUAGCAUCGUGUUUGGCUCCUGAUAAUCAGAAGGAGACGUUUACCCAGACCUGUGGUAACAUGUACAUAGAACGUGGGGAAGAGUGUGACUGUGGAGGAGUAGAGGAAUGUGAGAAGAUUGACCCCUGUUGUGACCCUCAUACAUGUCUCCUUAAGACUUGGGCACAGUGUCGUACUGGUGCCUGCUGUCAUAACUGCACUUUCAUGGCUAAGAACUACGUGUGUCGGGAGAGGUCCACCGAAUGUGAUGUCCCAGAGCUUUGUACUGGAGACAGUGGAGAGUGUUCUGCUAACAACUAUGUGCAGGAUGGACAUCCAUGUGGUAAUGGUGAAGGUUACUGUGUCGGUGGUAUCUGUCCUACCCUUACCCAGCAGUGUCAGCACAUCUGGGGUACAGAGGCAACAGGAGCAGAUUACCAGUGUUUUGAGCGGUUCAAUCCAACCGGAAACUUUAAUGGACAUUGUGGGAAAAAUAAUCGCACAGGAUCCUUUGCUAAAUGUUUACCUGAGAACAUACAAUGUGGGUUGUUACACUGCCAGGGAGGCACCACAGUCCCCCUCCUCGGCUCAGACAGAAGUUUCUCCAAAACCACCUUCAGAUUCGAUGACAUAGAGUAUGACUGCAAGGUGAUCCACGGCCCAGCUGUGAUUGGCUUGCCACACUUUGGUCUUGUUCAGGAUGGCACUAAAUGUGGCAAUGGUGGCAUAUGUAUGAACAAGCAGUGUGUCUCCACAAGUGUGUUACCUCCCCUGUCAUGUCCUGGUACAGGGGGUGAUAUAAUCUGUUCUGGUCACGGGGUUUGUACGAAGGACAACUCAUGUUUCUGUGAUGAAGGAUGGGAUGACCUUGACUGUUCUGUGAAGGUCAACAUUACUGUGACAACUGGAAUCAUGGCUACCACACCCAUGCCGACGACCCCCACAACAACUCCGGAAAUCCUUGUGAUUCCUAUAGAGAUACAUGAGGCCACAACUAUCAACACCGAGAGCUCUGUGGCCGCUCUUGUUCCGGAGGACAAUGGCUUCUCUUCAGUAUGGCUCAUCAUCAUUCUAGCCUCUGUGGUCGGAGGUCUAGUUUUUCUUCUAACCAUGACAUUUGUCUGCUACAGGAGGAGAAACCCAGUGAAAUUAUUCCACAAAAAGAAAGGAUUUUUUGGCAAGAAAGGUGAAAAGGAUAAAUGUAUAGAGGCUGGAAACAAGCUGAUUACGUUUGGAAAUCUACCUUCUUACAAGUCUGAUAAGAUGUGGGGUAAGAAAAAGAAGAAAGGACGGUUGACUAGUGAGGAAGAAAGUGACAUUGGUGAGCUCCCACCACCUCCAAUCAUUAUUUCCAAUGAUGCUGUCAAACCCGAGCGUGGAAUUCUGAAGCAUUGUGGGAAGGCUGACGAGCGUCGCAGCAGUGAAUCAAACACUGGUGGCUCCGAUGUCACCUGUGAUCGAGAGAGUAUGGAGCGUUACAUGUACGAUGAGGAUGAUGAUGAUGAAGCAGAGGAAAUACAGGAAAUUCUCAGCCGAAAGUUUGAUACAGGGAACUCUAUGGAGGAAGCCCUCGAUCAAAUCGCAGAAUCCUCAAGUUUUGACUUUGUACUGCCAAUGCCGCAUUUCAAUUCUGGAAACUCUGGGAACCCUGGACAUGUACAUUCAUCACCGAGGAAAAUGAUGAUGGGAGUUGGUGGUUACGAUUUCCCAAUACAUCAAAAUCAAGCACAACGUCCACCUAUGCUGUGGAAAUCCAAUCUAUCAUCUCCACCAAAGUCAAAGGUCAUACGCAUGAAAAAUUUGGAUGAACUGAUCCAGCAGAUAGAUCGACACACAAUUGACCUUUCACCUUCUCCUGAUGAACUGCCAAUGCAAGUGUCACCUUCUACUUCAGAAGAUGUUCGUAGUAGUUCCACUGAAGAUCGGGACCGACAUUACUUCAACAACUGUCACACACCACAGUCCCCACAAUCUAUCACAAGUGGGAGCACUCGCGACACUUACCGCCCCCUGCUCAGCAGCCAGUGGACAAAGUAUAUACUCCGACGCAAUGAAUGGGACAAUGAAAGUCCUGAUUUCUGCACAGGCGAGUCCCCACCCCCUCACAUCAAUAUUCCACCACCAAUGAGUCCUCUGCACAUACGGAACAUAUUCAACUAUGCACAGAAAUCACUGGAUCGAGACAACAAUGAUACUCCAAUGGGUAGUCAGACAGGCGAGUGUAGCUCAAACAACGGCACCACCAACUCUCGUUGUGGCUAUGAGAAAAGUUCAGGUUAUGGCAGUGAACAUGACCCUGCAGAAGGAAACAGCAUUGAUGGGAUGUCACAUACGCAGUCGAGAUCUGGGUCUGCCUCACCUCCAUCAUAUAGUGCUGUGAUCCGCACAGGGCCAAACCAAAUCAAAUUGGUACCUGCCAAAAAGUUACAGGAAACAGGUAUAGAAAAUGAAGAUUUACAUAGACUUUUACAGGAGUUGCCAAGAAUAGAUGCUGGUACUUUUGAAAGAAGCCCAGUUCCAACAAACAUCAAACAGCCUCGAUACGGUUUUCUAGCUAAAGCAGAUUCAUUACCCCCGGGAAUACCACCUCCUUCUGACUCGUUCCCAGAUCCCUGUCCUUUAGGUAAACAGGACCAAGUGCAGUUUGGCAGUGCACCAUGCAUAGACUGUAGUCUGGAGUCAAUACCCCAGGCAAUUCUUGCCAAAUCAAAACCUAAAAAUAGAAAUUGUUUAAAUGUAGCACAAAGACCUAACAGUCUUAUGGGGCCUCAGAAGGAGAUCCAGUUGUUGUUUGACCAGAAUGAUUCUGACACCGACAGUAGGAGACAUAGUGCCCUGGAUAGUGCACUAGAGGCUUUGCCUAUGGACCCCACAGUAGCAUAAUGUUACGUAGGUAAAUUUUACAACAAGGGAGGACAACUCUUACAAUGUGUUGUUGCCGGUGCUGUAUAAUAUGUGUAUGUACGUGCUUGACUAAUGGAUCUGCUAAAAUAGUUUGUUUACAUUUUUUUCUGUGCUCUUACAGAACUAUUUACAUUUAUUAAUUAUACACAAAUUUGUUUUGAUGUUCUUUAAAGUAUUUUCAAAAUUUAAAUGACAUCUUUAUUUCAUUUUGAUAAUGUUAAAAUCUGUCGUAGUGAUUUGUGAAACUUAGUUAAAGUCUGCUAAGAAAUAGUUUUUCAAUUCACAAAUAACUAUCAACAACAUUCUAUAUGUCAAAUGUU